AGUAGUAUUUGGCAUAAAAAUAUUGAAAUGAAAGACUUUAGCAGAUUACAAGUAGUCCACUACGUAGCAAAUUACAUAAUCUAAUUAAGGUGUGAAACUGAAAAUACAAGCUAAUGAUUCAUCAUCAAAUUCAAAAAAGGCAUUGACCUGCCCAAAAGUCACCUGCCCACUUCAUUCAAAGACUGCCAACACAUUUUCAACCUCAUAAAACUCUCUCUCUCUCUCUCAGGCUCAAAAAAAAAAAAAACUCUCUCUCUCUCUCUUUCACUGAAUUCAUUGCACUUUGGCUGACAUCUCUUCCAGCAAUCAUCCGCCGCAUUCCAUGCUGCGAAUCGCACCGCCGCCAUAAUCAAAUGCUCAAGGUAUUCAACAAGAAGCUCCGCCGCCUCUGCUCCAGACUGGGGUGGCCCCGCCGCCGCACCCGCCGCUCCCGCCCCAAGAUCGUCGUGAAGAAGCUCGGCAAAUCGAGCUCCAGAGCUCAGCCGGAAUCCGCCGCCGGAAUAUCGUCGGCCGUGAUCUACCCCAGCUCCGAAUUAGGCGGCGCGAAGGCGAUAAGGUUCGUGUCAUUUAAUGCUGCCCUCUUCUCCAUGGCACCAGCUGUCACCACAGCGGAGGAAUCUUCGGGCGGAGAGCAGGAGCCAAGAAAAGGGCGGGAAAGGAACGAUCGGCCGAGGAGCAUUCUGAAGCAGUCUCCCCUGCAUCCCGGCAGCGCCUCCGACGACCUGCCGUCGCGGCAGCAGAAAUUCGCGAGGUCGAGAUUGAGGGUUUCCAUAAACCUGCCCGACAACGAGAUAUCGUUGAAGAGGAGCGGGCAGCUGAGCUUCGACAAGUUUGAGGAGCUGAGCGGAGAGAGCAGGCGGCCCGGCGGAGGUAGGGGUAGAGCGGUGGCGGAGGUUCUGCGGGAGCUGAAUGCUGAUGUGGUGGCGCUGCAGGAUGUGAAGGCGGAGGAGGAGAAGAACAUGAGACCGCUCUCCGAUUUGGCUGAAGCUUUGGGAAUGAAAUAUGUGUUUGCCGAGAGCUGGGCGCCCGAGUUCGGCAACGCCAUUCUCUCUCGCUGGCCGAUCAAGCGCUGGAAGGCGCACAGGAUCUUUGAUGACACCGAUUUCAGGAAUGUACUGAAAGCCACCAUUGAUGUCCCUCAAGUAGGCGAGAUCAACGUGUUCUGCACGCUCCUCGACCACCUAGACGAGAGCUGGAGGAUGAAGCAGAUGAACGCCAUCAUCCAGUCGACCAGCGUGCCCCACAUUCUAGCCGGAGGCCUAAACUCACUAGACGAAACAGAUUACUCCCAAGAGAGAUGGUCGGAUAUUGUGAAGUACUACGAAGAAAUGGGGAAACCAACGCCCAAAGUGGAGGUGAUGAAGCAUCUAAAGAGUCGAGAAUACACAGAUGCUAAGGAUUAUGCAGGGGAGUGUGAGUCUGUUGUGAUGAUAGCCAAAGGGCAGAGUGUGCAAGGGACGUGCAAGUAUGGGACGCGAGUAGACUACAUAUUAUCAUCAGCAGACGCGCCUUACAUGUUCGUCCCAGGAUCAUACUCGGUGGUCUCAUCAAAAGGGACUUCUGAUCACCACAUUGUGAAAGUUGAUGUGAUCAAAGCAAGCAACAGCAGCAGCAGCAGCACUUCUGAGCACAAGGCGAGGCUGCAGCAGAGGAGGCCGACGCUCAAGUUUACACAUUCUUCGUCUCCAUCAAAGGCUGUAUGGAAGAUGCAUUCAUGAGGAAUAGUUUGCAUUAUUUUGUUUUAAUUUGGUUAGCUGAUUUAGUUUGAUGAUUGAGAGAAUAGAUUUUAUAGGCUGCUUCCUUCUUCAUCUCAGUUUAAAUUUCUGAUGUAAAGGGGAAAAAGAGUGUUAGUUUAAACAUGCAAUGUGACUCUGAUUGUAUAGAUAGAUUCAUUUGUAAAACAAGUUGUUAAGUAAAUGUGCUUCUGGCUCUGUA